UUUCUGACAGGGAGGUAGAAUAACAGGGGGGUUAAAGGAGUGCAUGGGGUCCCAUUCUGUUGUUCUGGCAUUUCACGCCCGGUGAAAUCCACAAAUGAAAAGGCAAUACAGCAUCAAUAAAGGUAAAAAUGCCAUGGGUGUAAGUGUAGAUAAGGGAAACACAGAGCGUUGAUUCUGCAGAAAAAAAGAUUGCAGCUAUUUUAUCACUCUGAAAAGCCGAAUCCCCACAGAGGGCUCUUGCUUCCUGCGCUGCCUUUUCUCUCAUCUCGCUGACAGGCCACAAAGCACCGACGCAGAAAUCAGGAGGAUGGCAGAGGACGGAUGAGAGGGGAGGGAACACACUUUGGGUGGAGCACAGAAAGGGGCGAGCACAUAGGAGAUGAAAGAGCUCGGAGCUGAGAGGCCUUAAAGGAAAAGCUUGUGAUGUUACGGCAUCUAAUCCUCAACCUGGCUGAAUAAUGUGGCCUGGGCGCCUCCGUGUGGUCACCUGGACCCUGUGAGCUGCGGUUUCCAAGGCAAGAAGCAGACGCAGUGGAGCAGGUGUAGUGAACUGAUGGUGAAACUCACGGAGAGAGACCGGACCAGCCGCCCCCCGACUCCUUGGACACCUGGACCUGUGUGCUCUGCAGGCCCGAUCAGUAAUCGAUCUAUGGCAACACGGCCACCAACCCUGCUUUUAUUUCAAAAUUCAAACCCGGAAGCCCGUCCUCAUGACAGCAGAGGUUCAUCAGCAGUGCUCCGCCUGUCUGCCCGGUGAUGAGCGCACACCGGUUCCGGCAGCGGGCGAGCUGGGGUGGGGGGAAAGGACCGCGGACUGGGCUGUUUAUUAAAGCGUGGCUUUGGCAUGUUUAGAAACGGGAAUAACCCCGAGAGUGUGUGAGUGGUUUUUAAUCGUGAAGAUGCUGACAGACAUGAUUGUGGAGGAGGAAUUUGAGAUCAAGGAGGAGGAACCGUGGUACGACAAGCAGGACCUUGAACAUGACCUGCAGCUGGCAGCAGAGCUUGGGAAGACUCUUCUGGAGAGGAACAGGGAGCUGGAGCAGGGUCUGCAGCAGAUGUACUCCACCAACCAGGAGCAGCUGCAGGAGAUCGAGUACCUGACGAAGCAGGUGGACCUCCUCAGGCAGGUCAACGACCAGCAUGCUAAAGUGUACGAGCAGCUUGACGUGUCAGCCAGAGAGCUGGAGCAGAGCAACCACAAACUGGUUCUGGACAACAGGACGGCCCAGCAUAAGAUCCAGGGGCUGACAGAAACCGUGGAGCUGCUGCAGGUGCAGGUGGAGGAGCUGCAGCAUCAGGUAGAAGAGCUGAAGUUGAGUCCUCAGCCUCAGAAGCCUCCACAGAGAGAGAGGUGGUCGACUCGCAGCAGUCAGAGUGUGUCCUGCCUGAAGGAGCUGCAAAACACACUCAGGUGCGAGUAUGAUCCUGAUGAAACCUCAGGUGCCCUCGAGUCCUCCGACGUGUCGUGGCGUGAGGAGGAGCAGGCAUCGCUGCGACAGUCCCUCCGCAACCUCCAGACUCAGUUUGCCAGUGAGCGCGCUCAGAGGGAGCAGGCUGAGCUAGAGGCCGAGCUGCUCACAGCUGAGAACGCAGCGCUGGAGCAACAGCUGGCAGGGCUGGAGGGAUGUCAGGCCAGAGUGUUUGAGCUGGAGCGUGAGACUGAAGAGCUUCGUCAGCUGUGGAAGUCCUCCACAAGAGCCUCCAGGCCGGACGUCAUCCACAACCUGCUGCCGGACUCGAUGUUCCUCAACCCAGAGGAGGAGAGUGAAGGGGAUGCAGCUGCAGCUAAAAGCCCCAGGGUGCUGAAGCGCUGGGGCAGUGAGCGGCUGAUGAAGGCGACGCAGAUGCCUGACUCUCCCAACAGGAUCUACGACCACGAGUGCUCCUGUGUGCGGCGAGCCGAGGUGGUCAAGUAUCGCGGGAUCUCGCUGCUCAAUGAGGUCGAUGCCCAGUACAGUGCCUUGCAGGUUAAGUAUGACGAGCUGCUGCAGCGCUGCCACCUUGGCUUUCAGGACGAAGCGCAGGACGUGCAGAGCCAUAAAUCCGUCCAGACUCCGUCCCUCACCGGUGCUGAUCCUGCUCUGACAAACGUGGAGGACUUUGACGAUGACUUUCACCAGCCAGAGUACAAGGAACUUUUUAGGGAAAUUUUCUCCCGUAUUCAGAAAACCAAAGAGGACCUGAUUGAAAACAGGGUGAGACCCUCAGCUGGUGACGUGCUGCCUAGUUUGCAUUAACUGCUUCCAGAAGGAAGAGAGAGGAAAAAAAGAUCUGCUGCAAGACAAAUGAUUGUCUUCCAGUUACAGAGUGACUCUUUGGAAAGUUCCUUUACAGCAGCACAUGAAGCUAACCAAGUCCACGCUUAUGUUAUUUGCCUAGAAAUGCAGGUUCAGACUUAAGAGUGAUGCAGAAACAAGAAGACCAAACACCACCAGCUCAUGUCUCUGAUGUGGCUCAUUUUGCACAGAAACACCAGUGCCUAAUGCUGCCGUCUCUACUGUACAAUCACUCUACCUCACCGUGCACAGCCCUGUGUUUUAAACAAGCUCCUAGUCGUGCUGCUGUUGUAUCUGCUGUUUGUUUUGUUUACUGCUCUCCUUUGGUCUGAUGUGAACUUUUUAAUUUAUUUUUCUUCCUUGCAACUAUUUAAAAAAAAAGUGGUAGUUUUGUUGGUGAUAGUUUUGCCUGCUCCUAUAAGAGCGACAGAUGGAAGGAUGACCAGUGUAGUAUCUGAUGUUAUAUUGUUGAAGGAUCAUCAGAAGUAAAAGCCGGCGAUUCAAGGUGCUCAAAUAUAUUACGAUUUUUGUAAUUGUAACAUGUUUUUCUCUAAAAUUAUACCUGAUUAUUGUAUGUUAGGUUAGAUAAUUGUGAGCGAACGUUAUAUUGAAGGGAAGUUCGGAUGUUUACCAAAAUAACAACUCUCUGUGUACUUGAUAAUGUAACGGCCUCCUGAUGCAUUAACCUCAGGAAGCCGCGUAUGAUUAGAAGCUUUUUCUCAGCAGCUCUUCUGUUGCUCCUGCUGCCUGAUGUUCCCGUGUCCUCGUUUAAGCUUAAAGACUCUGCGCAUAUUUGUAGACGUCCUGUUAAAUUACGUUGAGAUGCACUUUAGAAUUGCACAUUGUUAAUGCUCUUCUGACACUUUAUAUUUCUGUCAUGUGAAGCUAAUGCAAGUGUGAUGUGCUACUGUUUCAAUCAUAUUCUAGACCUGAAUAAUCUGCAGUAUGAACAAUGUGUUUUACCUGUUUCAUGAUUGGACCUCAAUGUUAUAACUCUGAGCCAUAAUACAUGAAGCAAGC